AUGCGCGAUCUUACGGCAACAGAGACAUACUCGCUCGCCGUACUAUCGGCAGCAUGUCUCUCGAUUCUGGUCAACGCCUGGAAAAGUAAUGGCGAACCGCUUUUCUCCUCGCUCGCCAUCAGCGGCCUUGCUUUCGUCUUCUCCUAUGCACUUGUGCUCUGGACCGGCGAUGUCUUCAUCAAGCGAGGAUACAAGGGGCGGGAUAUGUCCAAGAAGAGUCCGGUAGAGAUACCAGAGUCAAUGGGCCUGGUAUGUGCCCUGGUAUACCUCCUGGCGAUCAUCAACUUCCUCCCGUUCGCCUUCAAGUCACACAUGGUCGAGGUCACCUCCGGAGCCGGCAACAAGGAUCGAGUGCUUGAAGCGCAGGACAUCGAGAACGGUCGCUUCUUGCACCGCUUCCCACUUGAGAAGCUCGCAUCAUACGGCUUCGCCUACGCCACCAUCGCUUCCGAAACCAUCCUCGGCAUCCUCGACGACUCCUUCGACAUGCGCUGGCGCCACAAAUUCUUCAUCCCAGCCUUCGCCGCCCUCCCCAUGCUUGGCCUCUACUUCGUCGACUUCGGCGUCACGCACGUAGUCGUACCACUACCCUUUCGACCUUAUCUAGGCGAGCUGCUUGAUCUCGGCGGUUUCUACUACAUCUACAUGGCAGCCAUCUGCAUCUUCUGCCCCAACAGCAUCAACAUGCUCGCCGGCAUCAACGGGAUCGAAGUCGCACAAUCGAUUGUGAUCGCGCUUUUGAUUGUCGUCAACGAUAUACUGUACCUUUCGCCUGAGGGCCAUCCGGCAGCUGAAUCGCAUCUCUUCAGCAUCUACCUGCUGCUACCACUCAUCGGCGUCUCAGCAGCUCUGCUCAUGCACAACUGGUUCCCGGCUAGGGUGUUUGUGGGAGACACGUAUUGCUACUUCGCUGGCAUGGUGUUCGCUGUUGUAGGGAUACUGGGGCACUUUAGUAAGACGUUGUUACUGCUAUUCAUCCCGCAGAUCUUCAACUUUGUCUACUCGGUGCCGCAGCUGUUUCACAUCGUGCCGUGUCCGCGACAUCGAUUGCCGAAAUUCAAUGCCAGAACUGGGUUACUGGAGCCGUCGAUCGUGACGUUCGAGGAGGAGAAGCCAUUGCGGCCGCUGGUUGGAGAGGUCAUGAAGCUGCUGCACGGUUUGAAAUUGAUGCGGAUCAAAGUUGACGACAAUGGAAGGGUCACGGAGUCGACCAACUUUACGCUUCUCAACUUAUGGCUGGUCUGGCGUGGCCCGCUGCGAGAAGACAGACUCGCCAUCGAGGUCCUGAUCAUGCAAUCUACCAUAGGUCUGCUGGGACUUUGGGUCAGGCAUAGCCUAGCACUGCUUCUGUUCACCGUAGACAAUAGAUGA